AUACAGAAUUGUCAGCGCUGCUUCAAUCGAUAAAGGUCACCUUGAAACGUCAAAGUGUGUCACCUUGGCUGCUGUUGAGCGGACAUCCAAAAAAAAAGUAUUUUGCCUUUUUACUCCGUUAAAAUUUCGCGAAUUUUGGAUAAAUUUUCAUAAUUGCCGUGCUGACUCAAAGUGCAGAAGCUCCAGUGCGUGCUAAAAGUCACAAGCCCGCAUACGUGCUAUACACAUCAGUGCAUCCAAACGAUUGAUAAAGCGGUGACUGCAAACGGUGCUAGAGAGUACUAUCAGUUGAGGAGCAUUCUCAUGUCUCGACCCCGUAUAGCUAAUUUAAAGUGAAAUAAAUAGACCGUUGAGAUUGAAAAAUAGUUCAAAAAACACCAAGUGAAAUCCGCUUAAUAAAAUUAAGAUACUAUUGUGCGUGUCAUCAAAGGAAUUUGUUACUUCAUUGUUUAUUGAUAUACACCUUUAACGCGGAGUAAAAAGUGUAAAAAUGCCAAACGAGUUAAGGCAACGUUUCAUUGAGCGUGGCUCCCAUAAGGGCAAGGGUCUUGCUGUCUUCACCAGCGGUGGCGACUCGCAGGGCAUGAACGCUGCAGUGCGUGCAUGCGUACGUAUGGCCAUCUACUUGGGAUGCAAGGCCUAUUUCAUUCGAGAAGGCUACCAGGGUAUGGUUGACGGUGGCGAAAACAUCGUCGAAGCAAACUGGGCAUCGGUGUCAUCGAUCAUUCAUCGCGGUGGCACAGUGAUUGGCUCGGCUCGUUGUGCAGAAUUCCGUGAACGCGCUGGUCGCCUAAAGGCUGCAUACAAUCUUAUUCAAAAGGGCGUCUCCAACCUAGUUGUGAUCGGUGGUGAUGGUUCACUUACUGGUGCGAAUUUGUUCCGUACGGAAUGGUCUGGCUUGUUGGACGAGCUGCUAGAGUCGAAAAAAAUAACACCUGAGCAACGUAAAAAGUUCGACGUCUUGCAUAUUGUAGGCAUGGUGGGCUCCAUUGAUAAUGAUUUUUGCGGCACUGACAUGACCAUUGGUACCGAUUCAGCUUUGCACCGCAUCAUUGAGGCUAUAGAUGCUAUUGUUAGUACUGCCUAUUCUCAUCAACGUACAUUCAUUAUGGAGGUGAUGGGUCGUCAUUGUGGUUAUUUGCCUGUAGUUACUGGUAUUAUUUCCGAAGCUGAUUAUGUAUUUUGUCCUGAAUCGCCACCACCGUUCGACUGGCCCGAACGUCUAUGCAAUAAGCUUAUACAGGAGCGUAAUGCUGGUCAACGCUUGAACAUUAUUAUCGUCGCCGAGGGUGCCAUCGAUCGUGAGGGCCACCCCAUUACUGCCGAGGAUGUCAAGAAAGUGGUCGUUGACAAGCUGCAGCAGGACACUCGCAUCACUGUGCUCGGUCAUGUGCAACGUGGUGGUAAUCCCAGUGCUUUUGAUCGUGUUUUGGGUUGCCGCAUGGGUGCUGAGGCUACGUUGGCUCUUAUGGAAGCCACACCUGAUUCAGUGCCAUGUGUCGUCUCGUUGGAUGGCAAUCAGGCGGUGCGUGUACCGUUGAUGGAGUGCGUUGAACGUACCAAAGAAGUCGCCCAGGCGAUGGCGGAGAAGAAUUGGGAAUUGGCCGUGAAAUUGCGUGGACGCUCUUUCGAACGCAAUCUGGAAACUUACAAAAUGUUGACGCGUCUGAAGCCGCCAAAGGAAUCGAUCGAAAACGCAAAGGUGAGCAACAAUUGUUGGGUGAAUAUAUUAAUGGUUUUUUUUUUUAACUUUUUCUGUUUCUUUAAGGAGGGUUUUCGCAUGGCUGUCAUGCAUAUUGGCGCACCCGCUUGUGGUAUGAAUGCUGCCGUGCGUAGCUUUGUGCGCAACUGCAUUUACCGUGGUGACACUGUUUUUGGCGUGCAUGACGGCAUUGAAGGUCUGAUUGCUGGCAAUAUCAAGGAGAUGGGUUGGUCAGAUGUAACUGGUUGGGUUGGUCAAGGUGGUGCUUUCCUCGGCACUAAGCGUACACUGCCCGAGGGCAAAUUCAAGGAGAUUGCCGCACGCCUCAAGGAGUUCAAAAUCCAAGGCUUACUUGUUAUUGGUGGCUUUGAGGCCUAUCACGCUUGCGGUCAGAUCUCCGAUCAGCGUCCCAACUAUCCUGAAUUCUGUAUCCCAAUGGUGGUUAUACCAUCAACUAUCUCGAAUAAUGUUCCUGGUACUGAAUUCUCACUCGGAUGCGAUACCGGUCUCAAUGAGAUUACAGAGAUUUGCGAUCGUAUACGCCAAUCGGCACAGGGCACAAAACGCCGUGUCUUCGUCAUUGAGACAAUGGGUGGCUAUUGUGGUUAUCUAGCCACUUUGGCUGGCUUGGCUGGUGGCGCUGAUGCUGCAUACAUCUACGAGGAGAAAUUCUCCAUUAAAGAUCUGCAACAAGAUGUCUACCAUAUGGCCUCGAAGAUGGCCGAAGGUGUCCAACGUGGUUUGAUAUUGCGCAAUGAGAAGGCUUCUGAAAACUAUAACACUGAUUUUAUACACCGUUUGUACUCAGAAGAGGGCAAGGGUCUAUUCUCGUGCCGUAUGAAUAUUUUGGGUCACAUGCAGCAGGGUGGCUCACCAACGCCUUUCGAUCGUAAUAUGGGCACCAAGAUGGCUGCCAAGUGCGUUGACUGGCUGAAUGAACAAAUCAAGAGCAACACCAAACCAGAUGGCACUGUGCGUUGUGAAAGCAGCGAUUCAGCUUGUUUACUCGGUAUUGUGCGUCGUCAGUACCGUUUCACACCUCUAGCAGAUUUGAUUGCCGAAACCAACUUUGAACAACGCAUCCCCAAGUCGCAGUGGUGGCUCAAAUUACGUCCCCUAUUGAGAAUCCUGGCUAAACACGAUUCCGCUUACGAAGAGGAGGGUAUGUACAUUACAGUCGAGGAGGAGUGUGCUACCGAUGCGGUAGCUUAGGCAUUGACAGCUACACUAGGAAAGCAGUAUAGUAGUAGCAAGUGACUAAACACUCAAAAGUGUUCGCUACUCGUAACAAAAAAACACGCCAGUUGCAUUAAGUUAAAAGCUACAGAAUGCGUGAAAAUUGGAGUAACAUAUUCAUGAACAAAUAAACACAAAAGUAAAUAUUAAACGCACAUAAAUUAUCAUAUUUUUACUUUGCUGGAUUAGCAAAGUGAUUCGCUUCUAUGAUUUAAAUUAUUAUUACAUGUUAUCAUAUCAUUAAAUACAUACAUGCGUAAAUACAUACAUAUAUUCGUUCCAUAACAUACUUGAAAGGUGUUAACAGAAACUCAGGUUCUAGCACAAUUCUACACAAACUAACGUUGGACACCAAUUGUAAAUUUUGCGUAAAUUGAAAGAAAAAAAAAAUCAUGUAGAUUUACGUAAAUGGUCAUACGCUUUUGCUUUGAUGGAUUUAUUUUACUAAUUUUAUGUAUUUUUUUUUUUUAUUUUUUAUUUAUUUUAAAAGCUGCAUGCCAUGUACAUACAUGCAUAUGUAUGUACACAUGUUUAUGGCUUCCAUUGUAUUAUUAUGUUUUGUGAUUAAGUUUGCUGUACAUGAAAUAUAACUGAUAUUAAAUUGUACUCGUAUUUGCAUUAGCAAAAAGGCAUAGAAAAAAGUUGUGGCAAAAUUAAAACAACUGUUUAGUAUAUUGAGAUGUUUCAAUCUUCGAGCUAGAAGGUCUUGUCGAUGUUUUAUUGAACAACGCUAAUGUUGAAGUAAAAAUAAAAUUCCAAUAAUGUAUUCGUAAAUACCAUAUACAUACAUACAUAAUAUAUUAAAAGUUAAUAGCAGUUUGUUGUUAUUGUUGAUGCGAACUACUACUUGUGCUGACUUCAAUAAAGGGAUUUUUAGGCGCGAACACCCACCGCUGCAACAAAGCGUGCACAACUUAUCCACUCAUGACCCGCAAAGUUACCCGGAAGACGUGACUUGCGUAGCAACAACUGUGAAUUACUUAAGGCUAUAAGAAGAAUAAAGUUACUCGAUAUAAAAAUAUGUAUACUUACAAAUACAUUUUUAAACAGAAUUGUAAGUACCUAUCGUAACAACUAGCAAGAAUGUCUGUAAAGCAAAACGAACGAAAGAAAAAUAAACGAAAUGCGUUGCAUUGUUAAACGAAA